CGAGAAACAUAAUCUCGAUGACAGAAACAAAAUAUUUGUAUGUAUGCGUUCGUUUAAUAAUAUUCAACAACAGUUAUCAACUCCGAAACAAAUGUGAAGACCAACUGCAUUUUUCCGGACUCCUGACAAGUCAUGUGAUUAUUUAGCCAUGCGAAAAACCUAAGCCAAUCAAAAUUCUCGUUUCAUACCAGUACGGGAGAAUCUGUGACGCACAUGUCGGCAUGUUUUGUGGUCCACGUUGGUAACUAUAAUGUCUGUAUGCUUGCUUUAAACUUCUGCAUUGUUGAACAGAAUUUGCCGGCGACUCACUAAACGGUUCAUUCUUGGCUCUGGAACUCCAAGCUUCACAGAAAAUGAUAGCAGACACCGCGGUCUCCACCAGUCCGUGGGCCUCCGAGUCAAUUCUGCUGAAAGACUUUGAUUUAGCUGAUCUUGGAAGGUUAGAUGGAAAGAAUGACAAUGAAACAGUGGCAUUAAACAGCAGUUAUGAUAGAGUAUGGCAACAGUCAUCCUUGCACAGCCACCAGAACCUAUCCACAGGAACAAGUGCUGCUAGCUCAGACUGUAGUGAUGAGCAUGAUCUCUACCUAGACAUUGAUGGAGACUUAAACGAACAUCUUUUUGGGGACAUUUCCACUUCAUUAUUGAAUAUCAUACAGGAUACAGAUGUCUCAGACGCCAUUGCUCUUGUUCAGGACUUUGACUGGCAAAGUAUCUCCUGUGACUCCUAUGAUAUGGCUGCUACAUCGGAGACUGAGGAUAACCCAAACACCAGUAGCUCAGAAGGGGACAUAACUCCAGUCAAAAGUCACAGUAAAACUUCGUCAAACUCAAAGUGCCGUUCAGACACAUUUGCAGAUAGUAGAAAUUGGACUUGUCUGAGUCCAGUGGAACGUGUCCAAGUGGUGGAGGACCUCAGUCACAUUGUUAGUCGGGAACUGGGACUACGAGAGCAGAUGGAGGUGAUUCGGAUCAUCAAUCCUGGUGCCAGUGUAUCGCCUACAGACACAGAGUUUGUCAUCGAGCUGGAUUCCUUGAAUGACGAGAAGUUACAAAGAAUAAGGGAGUGUGUAUGUAGACAUGCAACAAACCAAUGCAGCCCUGAUAGCACACAAGAAGAUAAAUUUACGCCAAGUAAAAAGUUUGACAAGAAAUUGAAAACACGGGAAAGGAGAAGCCGACAAAAAGCCAUCCGACAGCGUCAGCGAAAAGAUUACAGGCAAAUGCUGAAAGAGAAACGCAGUGGAUUAUUUGUGAAAGAGGAAGUGCUAUCACUUACAAUCGAAGACCCUGGCAGUUUACACGAGGAUGAGGGUGAUGGAGAUAUAGAUAUACUGGGAUGACCCUGGUGUUAACUAGCUAGCAAAUUUAAUACACAGUGCAUGGUCUGACUUGUCAUUGACAUUAUACAUUGUUGAGACAGACCAAGGUUUGUUUGACUUUUCAUCCCUGUUUUACAAUGAAUUGUAUGCAAAAAGAAUGUUUUGUUUUUAAUAUGUUGCGAAGUCCUCAGACCUUACAUUAGAUUUCUGGAAAUCAGAGAACAAUUAUUCCUGGUCAUUUUAUACCAGAAACUUUAAACUUACAGUAGGUUUAUCCUAUUUUUGAUACGAUAUAAAAGUUUCGUCAUUUCAGAUAAUAAUCUAUUCUGAUUUUUCUCAUCUGUUCAUGUUACUCUCAUUGCAUAUUUCAUUUUUAGAAACAAAUGUAACAUUGAAAGGUAUUUAUGCCCCCAUAUGCCUUAGGGCUAUUACAGUAAAACAUGUAUCCCACCCCAGGACUCCAGGUUUUGUUAAGAGGUACCACCCAUAGAAUUUGUUUAAUAAAUUACAUAGAACUAAUAGGAAGGAAAUCCAACUAGAAGUGAUCUAUUUUGGAGUCCUUGAGUUAGGUAGAUACUUUAAUGGAACAGCCCCUAUUAGAUUGGGGUAUACUGUGUUACCAUGUGUCAUUCUGUGUGUCUUUUG